AUUUACUACUUGACAUUGUGGCAACCAAAAUGAAAUCAUAUAACCUGUGCAAAUCAAGAAAUCAGACAGCUGAAGAUUUUAUCAGGGCCUAUCUCGACACAGAUAUUAAGCCCAUCUGGCCUCAGGGUUGGAUGCAGACAAGAAUGUUAUUCAAAGAGAGUAGAGCUGCACAUGAAGACAUGACCAAAGUAUUAAAUAAAGAACCCAAACAAAAGAAAAAUGUUUCCCUGGUCAAAGCAUCUUCUCCAACUCCUGAGCAGUCAAACCAAGACACUGUCCGAGCCCAUGUAUCUAAAACAGAGGAUGUUAUAGAAAUAACAGAUGAAAAGACAGACACUGUUGUGGUCAAUUUGCCUAACGUGGAUGUCAAACCUUUGUCAACAGUUUCCACUUAUAAUUCAUCACCCAAAAUAUCACAACCCUCUAAUGCUGACACAUCUGCAGGUAGUAGAAUAAAUAAGCAAGCGAACACACCCUGGACAGCGCUAGCUACACCAACUUCAACGUCCAUGUCACAAAAACCAAACGACAACUUGAAUAAUUCGUCAUCAAAGUGGAGUCAAAAAGCCGAGUCGGCUGUUCCUUCAGUGACACCAACGUCACCAUCUGUCCAGAAAACACCAGUCAUCUCCAGGUCAUCUCACCAAGGGCUGUCACCACCAGUGUCCAGCUCAACACCAGGGGGUGCAGAUAAUAGCCCUACCUCAGCCAACAGUACUCGUACAUUUAUGACAGCAUUUGAAAGCUUUGCCGGUGCUUACUCCAGGUCUGACACCACUGCAUCCAUCUCCUCGCCACAGACACCCAAGCAAAGCAUUCUGGGCCAGCAGCCAGCUAAAGCUGUGCCCCUGCAGCCAGCCUUGACAUUUGAGCAGCAGCAGCUUGCCAGCCCACAGCAAAAAUCAUCUCAGGAACAGAAAGUUGUGAAUGCUCAACAGCAGAAGGCAGCAGCCAGAUCAUCCUCAUCCGUGGUUGUGAACAAGGACAUUCCUAAUGCUUCGUGGAGCAAUGUUAACUCUGUUGUCCCUCAGGGAAAAACAUCUAGUCCUGCAGGAUUAAUAGGUAGAGUUCCAGUGAUAUCCCCUAGCACUGUAGGUGGAUCUAGCGACAAAAGUAGACAGUUGCUGGUGCACCAGGAGAAACAAACCAAAUUUAUCAACACCGUUUGCGCUAAAUUAGACCAGUCAACUAGCUCAAAUAAAAAGCGCGCCCAAGUCUCAAACAUGGGGUCAUCGUACCAGACGUCACCUCAACAGAAACAAAGUUCAAUGUCCUACCCGUAUCCUAUGUCUUCCAAACAGGACAUGCAGCAAAGAAGUACUGUCCCCAGCAGUAACGGCCCUUCGCCGGCCCACAAGUGGUCAGGCUCAACUAGCCAACAAAUUCAGUCUUGUACUGUUAUAGGAACUUCCAGCAGCAUUCAUGGCCCUAACAUGCCAUUUAUGCGGGCAUUAGGACCUGGUACACCUAAUGUACAACCUAAUGCCAAAAGCAAACAAACUUACGGAACAAUAAGGCAGCCGUCCCCUCCACAAAAAGCACAGUCAACGUUACCUAGACCGUCAGCUCAUAAUGAAACAGGUUUGUUAAACAGUCCUAUGGUGUCAGUUUCUAGAGGUAGCACCCCAUCUCCACAGAGGUCUCCAAUAUCCCCAGAGCAACCUUCGUUAUCACUUUACGAGCAGAUACAGUCACAAAUUCGUAAUCAAGAAGCCAUGGAGGGCCAGGCAUUAAAGAAUUUGGCAAUGGCGCUUAGCUAUACCAAUUCUUCAAACCCAGGUUUUCAAGGAGUGAAGCCUGCCCAGAUCAGGGGGAUGCACUCUGAAGUGAGUGAUAGCCAAAGUACCAGUGCAGUGGUCACUUCCAAAAGUAUCAUCCCCUCUCCGAUACAAGCACUCCCUGUCCAGUCGUGUGAGAAACUUGACAGACCUGUUCAACCAAAACAGCAUAGCGUGAUACUGGGUAGGGAUUGUGAUAGCUUUGGUGUCCAGUACUCGGCCAGAGAGUGGGGCGGCAAGUCACCUGGUGAUAAAAGCCUGUCCAAAAAGGAAUUUGAAGUAACAGAAACCGUAGGCGUUUACACUGAAACAACAGCGGCUGACUCAAAACAUGUUACAGGUGGUAAUGAGUUCUCAACAUACAUGAUCCAAAGCAAGAAGAUGGAACCUCAGCAACGGUCAGAUGUAACUGCAGAAUAUUACAGAGAAUCUCUCAUUUUUAAAAAACCAUUUCAGACUUUUAAAUCGCCAGGCAGCUAUGCACCACAAACACGGGCGACUGCUCCUAUAAAAAUAAAUUGUGUGGAUAAACCGUCUGGGAAAGCUAUUUACAAACAAAAUGUCUCUCAAGGGCAGUCAGUUCAUAGAACAGCAGCCAACAUGGUGCUAGAUUCAAAAUGUAAUGACAUAAUGGCCAAGUUUACUGCUGACCCUAAGGUCACCACCGCAACAAGAGAUCACCAGCAUAUUGCCAGCCCAGCAGGGGAUUGCUUGUUUCCAGUCGAUCAAAUGCUAAACCAUUCGUUGCCACAGUACCCUUAUUCUCUCAAGUAUGCCGAGCAUUCAACAGACAAGUCUCUGGAAACUCAAACAUUUCCUGGACAAGUUUCUGUUCAAAAUAUGUUGAACUCAGCUCCACCUUCAGUGUCACUUGGCAAAAAGAAUAUGGAUGCUACCAAGCAGUUAGGUAAAUGAGCUUCAGCUAGAAUGCUACACUAUUGCCAAUAUCCCAAAGUAUCUUUCAUCGUUGAUUCAAGUUUUAAUGUUGCACUUAGUCAAUUACAUGUUAUUUUUCAAGUGAAUUUGUGUAUAGUGGUUGCUUAGUUAAUUUCUUCAUGUCAAGAAUGUAUGAUAGUUUUGUCAAUAUAUUGACACGUUUAAAAUUAAUCAAUAGGACUUGGCAUCUUUUUUUUCUGGGAAGUGGAUUUUUGAGUUUAUUUAACUGAUACACAAAGGACUAUACUGUGUAUUUUUGUUUGUUUUCUGUAUUUAAGUUUGUUAACCACUGCCUCGCUUGUAGUUUGUUGAUGUUUUAUUAUUUAAGUACUUUUUAAUUAGUUUUACUUGUAGAAAUUUUUGUUAUGAAUUUGAGGAAGUUAGUUUAAUUUUUACUGAUCUAAGUUUUUUUUUUAAUGUGAUCUUUAAAAAGUAGCCAGAAAGCUAGUCAUCAUGUUAAUCGUUUUAUGUUUCAAGUAUAAGUGAUCAAAAGUUAUGACCUUAAAAACAUUUUACUUAUAAAACCUGUUAAAAAAGUUUUUUGAAAGCUUUUAAUUUACAAGUAUUUAAAUCUUACACUAGAUAUCACUUUUAAAAACAACUUUAUCCUUAAUUGUACAUGCUGUAUUUUGGACCUUUGUAUAAACAAGCUCCACCUUAGCAAAUCAAUACCCAAUUAAUGUUUUUGUUCGUUUAAUUUAGAUAUAUUUUCUUUAGGAAAUUUCUAAGGUACGAUUCAGUCUUUACACAAACUUUAUUAAUUAUAGCAUAUUUUGUGGAAUUUGAUAGUUAAAAAGCCUGAUUUAUUAUUUCUUCGAAUAUUAGCUAUAAUUACCUGAAUGUUAUUAGUUUGUUUUUUUUAAACUAGAAAGUUAAUAUACAAAUUUUGUGUAUCUUAUACAUCUGGGUUCUAUAUAAUUCUACAAUUCAAAUUCUAUAAUUCCACUUCUUUUAACAAAUAGUUUGUUUAUUAUAUAUAAUACUGGAAUUAUUGAGUAGAUCUAACAUGUAUGGUGUCCAUUAAGUCUAAUUAUAAUUUCAAAAAUCGAUUACAAGGACAAAUGAAAAGGCAUAGUUAGAGAAUAAGCUGUAUAUAUUUGUUUUUCCCCUCAUUUAAUGUACCUCUAUGUGGACACCUAGUCUGAUUUAGAUGAGCGCUUUACAUUACCUAUAUAUAAUAGUGGCCUACACAGUUUGUAACUAAUGCAACACACACCACACCUCCCCAAAGAAAGUAGUCUGAAGUUAUAAAAAUCUAAGCAUCCAGUACUUGAAUUAUCAUUGAACUGUACCACAUCUUCAUCAUGACAUAAAUCUAUGGUCAAAUUUAACUUAACAAUUUUUAAUUGCUGCUUUGUUUUUUUGUUUACAAUUACUAGAUAAACUACACAAUAAUUCACUUUAAGAUAAUACAAUAACUAUAUUUUUUUUUAAAUCACUGCCAUAUUUAUUUAACCUAAAUGUCUCAGAUUUUUUUUUGUUCCCUUAAUAUUUUCCGUAAAACUUUAAAGUUACAUUCUAGUUUGAUAGAAAGGUAAUCUGACCUCACUUUUAUAUUGUAUGCAUUAUAAGUCCAUUAAAAAAUCUUGUUAUUGCAUGCAUAUGUCACAUGAGGAUAAAGGGAUGUUUAAUAGCUUUAAAUCUGAUUCAUUACUGUUAUGUGUGUCCAUUUAGUUUGAUUAAACAAAGUUUGCUAUAGAAACGAUCUUUGAAAAAUGUGACAUGAUUUAAUUUGUUAUGUUAGAUACUUGAAUUUGGUUCGCUGGUGUGAAUGUAAAAAAAAUACAUAUAGUAAUUCUUUAAAAUGGGACGAUAUGGUUGAAUGGUAGAGCGUAUAGUGACAAACCCUCAAGUUCAAAUUCAGAUUCCAGUCCAUAUUAAAAAACUAUUUUAAUUUCUAUCUAGUUUUGCUUAAAUAAUGGGAGAGGAUUAUGAUAUACUAAAGAUAAUUAUAUUGUAGAAUAAGUAUGAAUUAAAAUAAUCCUGGUAUAUAUAAUUAUUUAAUUUUUUUAAAAAUCAUGUAUAUUUUUUAAUUGCAGACAAUUAUUGGCACUUUUGUUUUAGGCUUGUUAGGUUGAACUUAAAUGUAAAAUGUUUUUUUUAAAAAAAACUUCACGUUUUACAUUUCUGUUCUUACCUCUGGAAGCUAGCAAUAUUUUGUACCUGCUUAUUUCAAGAACCUAAUCUAUGCAUUACAUAUGUUAAAAAUUGCUUCCUCAACUGUUGCUCUUUUCUUAUUAUUUAUAAAUGUCAACACCUUGUGACUUUUUUUUUUCUAGUUUAAAUAAUUUGUAUUUUAAAUUUAAAAAAUUAUUUUUAAAAUUUGUCUACAUAUAUUUGUAACAAGUUUCUUGUAUACUGUUUAAAAAAAAAGCCAUAAUUAUCAGGAAGUGAUCUGUCUGUGUCUAAUGUACAGCAUAUAUUUUUUUCUGUUCAAAUUACUUGUUAAAGUGGAUGAAUUAUCAGCAUACAAAAAGUAAUUAAA